AUGCAAACUCCCGGUGCGAUUGGAGGGGUUGGAGGCGAGGAAAUGCCUACUUUUAAGUGCGUGUUGGUGGGCGACGGGGGCACUGGAAAGACUACUUUCGUGAAGAGACACCUGACGGGAGAGUUUGAGAAGAAAUAUGUGGCCACUCUUGGUGUGGAAGUACAUCCUCUGGUGUUUUACACAAAUCGAGGGCCCAUUCGGUUCAACGUGUGGGACACCGCCGGACAAGAAAAGUUUGGCGGACUCCGGGACGGCUACUAUAUUCAGGGCCAGUGCGCGCUCAUCAUGUUUGACGUCACCUCCCGCGUCACCUACAAGAACGUGGCCAACUGGCACCGGGAUCUCGUGCGCGUCUGCGACAAUAUACCCAUCGUUUUGUGCGGAAACAAAGUGGACAUCAAAGACAGGAAAGUCAAGGCGAAGGCCAUUGUGUUUCACAGGAAGAAGAAUCUUCAGUAUUACGACAUUAGCGCCAAAAGUAACUAUAACUUCGAGAAACCCUUCCUCUGGAUGGCCCAUAAGCUCAUCGGCGACCCUCACCUUAAGUUCGUGGAGAUGCCUGCGUUGGCGCCCCCGGAGGUCCAGAUGGACGCCAUGAUGCUGACGAAGCUCGAGGAGGAAAGACGAUUGGCAGAGGGGAUACCACUUCCAGAUGAUGACGACGACGAUAUUUAA